GCGCUCACGGAACGCUUCCGGUUAGGAAUCAUGGCUGCGGCCGUUCGAGAGUCACGUGUGAGUGCGGGGAAAAAGCUGAAAAAUUCACUGAAGAAGAAGAGGAAGAUGAAAAUGAUAUCCCCGGCUGCAGCAUCGGAGCUGGAAGAUAAGGACAAAGAUGCUACCGAUAAUGAAGGUUCUGUAGGAAGCUGUGGAUCGGAAAAGGAUCACUUUUCCUCUGGUGAAGAAGCAGUAGAAGCUGACAAUGAGGAUGAAGCUGAGCCCUGUGAUGAUGGCAGUGAAAAUGCUGUAGAAGCUAGCGUUGGAACUAAUGUGGGCUGGGCAGAUGCCAUGGCUAAAAUCCUUAACAAGAAGACUCCUAAAAGUAAACCCGCCAUUCUGGUCAAAAACAAGGAGCUGGAAAAGGAAAAAGAGAAGUUAAAGCAAGAGAGACUAGAGAAAAGAAAACAGCUUGAUAAGAAGCGGGAAUGGGAAAUGAUGUGCAGAGUAAAGCCAGAUGUUGUCAAAGACAAAGAAACAGAGAGAAAUCUUCAGAGAAUUGCAACGAGGGGUGUGGUGCAAUUAUUUAAUGCUGUUCAAAAGCAUCAGAAGAACGUUGAUGAAAAGGUUAAAGAAGCUGGAGGCUCUAUUAGAAAGCGUGCUAAGCUGAUAUCAACUGUUUCCAAGAAAGAUUUCAUCAGUGUUCUCAGAGGAAUGGAUGGAAGCACAAAUGAGAAAUGUUUGACUGGGAAGAACUCAAAAGCCAAACAGACUGAAGCAAAAUCAGAAGAGGGCCCAGGAUGGGCUAUCCUACGUGAUAAUUUCAUGAUGGGAGCAUCCAUGAAAGACUGGGACAAAGGAAGUGAUGGACCAGAUGACAACAGACCGGGGUCUGGAAGUGACUCUGACACAUAAAGCUAUAUAAGAAA